CCAUGCCAGAGCUGACUACAAAGGGCACUACCAUUUCUAAAAAAGGCUUCAAGAAAGCUGUAACUAAAACCCAGAAAAAGGAAGGGAAAAAGCGGAAGAGAUGUCGGAAAGAGAGCUAUUCAAUUUACAUAUACAAGGUGCUGAAGCAAGUUCACCCAGAUACGGGCAUCUCUUCAAAGGCCAUGAGCAUCAUGAAUUCGUUUGUCAGUGACAUUUUCGAGCGCGUCGCAGGCGAGGCGUCGCGCCUGGCUCAUUAUAACAAGCGCUCCACUAUCACGUCCAGGGAAAUCCAAACGGCUGUACGCCUGCUGCUGCCUGGGGAGCUGGCCAAACACGCGGUGUCUGAGGGUACCAAGGCUGUCACCAAGUACACCAGCUCAAAGUAAAGUUUCGGCCAUCAGACGACCUUUGUAAACCCAAAGGCUCUUUUAAGAGCCACUUAAGUUUCUAAAGGGCUGUAGGCUUUUUGUUUGGCUGGUUAAUGUAUGAGGGCAGGCUCUUAUCACUAGAGUGAAAAACGAUUAACAUGUUUUAUUUCACUCCCCAUCUGUAAUAUGGUUAAGCAGGUAAUUUGCUAGUCACAUGUGACUAGUAGUGAAGUCUCAGAUCUCAAGACAUUCAAAGAAGAGAGCUCUCAAAAUGUGUUUUCUGGGAGGUUUUAUGGUUGAGUGCCAUGAGGAACAUGGCUUGACCUCUCAUGUCUAUUUCAAGUUUAUUUUAAAUCGGGUGUUAGUGAAAGGGACCUGAAAACUGGAAAGAUUAAAAUAGUAGCCACGUCUGAUAUGGGAGCAUUAAGGCUAUUUUGCUGCUUUGUAUUUUCUACAUUGUGUGAAAAUUCUGGAUUAGGUCAGAUGCCCUACAGCUGCUGAAAUUUCAAGUUCCUGA